GUGUCCUCUCUGCUCGUCCUGAACUCCACCCCCUUCAUUCACUACCCAAACCCGAGCUUUGACCCGCUCGGGACCUCUGGGAUCCUGGAGGUGAAACCGGGCUCCCCCAUCAUCCUGAAGGGUAGAAACCUGAUCCCCUCGGCCCCCGGAAACACCCGUUUGAACUACACCGUCCUAAUCGGAGAGACUCCCUGCCUGCUCACCGUGUCAGAGAGCCAGCUGCUCUGUGAUUCGCCGGAUCUGACCGGAGAACAGCGAGUCGUGAUCCAGGUGGGUGGUCUGGAGUACUACCCGGGUACGCUCCACAUCUACUCGGACAGCGCACUGACGCUGCCCGCCAUCAUCGGGCUCGGGGCGGGCGGAGGCGUGCUGCUCGUCGCCAUCAUCGCCGUGCUCAUCGCCUACAAGAGGAAGACUCGGGACGCCGACCGCACGCUGAAGCGUCUGCAGCUGCAGAUGGACAAUCUGGAGAGCCGGGUUGCGCUGGAGUGCAAGGAGG